GAGUGCACCAAGUCGAGGUAACUCUGAUGGAAAGUAUCGCACGCUGAAGUCUCUCUGGACGCAAGUGGGAUUUAUGUGUUAUUUGCCUACAAAUAUUAAGUCUUGACAAGAUAUCAGACAAAGACGAUAAGAAAAAAUAGCUUGUAGAUGUACAGUUAAAAUAUUCGAUUGAAAAAUGAGUAACUUUGAAUCGGACCUCAAAAGAAAAGAAACGCAGGACAGGUCUGCGUUGUUUUCUAUAUUGACAGGAGAGUGGAUGGAGAUUUCACCGCAACAUAAGACAGGAAAUUGUAGAAGUGUCACAGACUUUGAAAAGUUGAACAGAGUUGGCGAAGGCACUUAUGGUGUUGUUUACCGUGCACGAGACACAAAAUGCAAUAAGAUUGUUGCCCUGAAGAAAAUGAGAAUGGAUGGGGAAAAAUACGGAAUUCCAAUAAGUGGGCUGCGUGAGAUUAACAUUCUGCUCAAUCUUCGUCAUCAGAAUGUUGUGGAACUAAAAGAAGUAGUAGUAGGUAAAAGCCUUGAGAGCAUAUUUCUUGUGAUGGAAUACUGUGAACAAGACCUGGCAUCUCUGCUGGACAAUAUGCCUGCACCAUUUUCAGAAUCUCAGGUAAAAUGCAUCAUGCUGCAGCUGUUUAAAGGACUGCAUUACCUUCAUGACAACUUUAUUAUUCACAGGGACUUGAAAGUGUCCAAUCUCUUGAUGACUGACAAAGGCUGUGUCAAAAUAGCUGAUUUUGGUUUGGCCAGGAACUAUGGCCUCCCACAGAAACCUCUGACACCAAAAGUGGUCACAUUGUGGUACAGGGCACCAGAGCUCCUGUUUGGAUCCAAAACUCACACAACAGCAAUUGACAUGUGGUCUGCGGGAUGUAUUUUGGGAGAAUUGCUUGCUCAUCGACCACUUUUGCCAGGGCGGUCAGAGCUGCAACAGAUUGAACUUAUUAUGGAGAUGUUGGGCACUCCUAAUGAUACCAUCUGGCCUGGGUUUUCCAAACUACCAGCUUUCAAACAGUUUUCACUCAGAAAACAACCGUAUAACAAUUUGCGCCACACAUUUCCUUGGUUGUCUGAGUCAGGCAUUCGGCUUCUGAAUGGUCUUUUUAUGUACGAUCCAGAUAAAAGGGCCACAGCCGAAGAUUGUUUAGACCAUUCAUACUUCAAGGAACAGCCACAUCCAUGUGACCCAGAGUUCAUGCCUUCAUUUCCCCAACAUCGAUUAAAACGCAAGAACCAAGAAAAUACAGAUGUAAAAAGAAAAUCUUCAGACUCGUUCAAGGACUUUGGUCAGACAUCAAAGGGCCCUCCAUUGAGUAAGAAGAAGAAGUAUUAAUCUCUGGAUUUUGAACUGGAAACAGAAGCAAAAGUCUAAGAUUGAUGAUAUGCAAGACUGCAUUGACAAUUUUUAUUGGAAUUUCGAGUGUUGAGAAUACCUGAGGAUGUAAGUGUGGCAUUCAGCACCCCUAUCCUGUAAAACAGACACUUCUUCACAUGCCUCAGGUUUCACAUUCUUCAUUCUUAUGGAUCUGAUAGCUAGAACAGCUUGCUUCCAACACAACAGCAGAAAUCAGCCUUUAAAACUAACAGAGGGGCUGCCUACUAUGGAUCUUGACUUCAUCUUGAGUGCUUGCAUGCAUCUUGAGAACCUUAUACCUGUGUGGCACCCUGAGCCUAUAUGUGCAGCAUCUUAUCCGGUCAUAAACAUAGAGUAGGGGUGGGGAUUAUCCAUCCUGCAGGCCAUAAUAGGCCCACAAUCCUUUCAUCUGACCCUGCCCAGGCAACUGCAGGCAGGAUUCAAACUUCAAUAAACCAAGUUUUUUCAUGGCAACAUAAAUUUAUAUUGAUAGUAAUAAUGUAAAUUUUGAGGGACAAGCAAGGAACACCCAUUAUAGGGAUAGGACACAUACAAGUACAUGAUGGGAGAGACGUUUUCAGUUAACUUUUUACAGUCUGAAUGAUAUUAUAAGGAUGCAAAUGGUCCUUGGCCAAAAUAAAAGAUUCCCACCUUUGUGCUACUGCUGCACAAAGUUUUUGCUGGCACUAUAUCUAUGUUUAGAGAAAAUGGAAUCUAUUUGUUUAUUGCUAUUCAAAAGCUUUUAUAAAUGCAUGUUAUUGUUCAUUCUUUAUUCAAAGCAGCAUUUGGACACUUUUAGACAACAGUUUGCUAAACAUGCUUCCUGCUAUAAACAAAUGCAAUUAACAUGGAAAAGUCCUCAAAAGGGUGAUAAAUGAUGUUGUAUAAUUAUAAAUGAUGUGGUAUAAUUAUAAAUGCAUGGAGCUUCCUUUCUGUGUGUGAAUUUGCCAAUGCAGUGAACAAAGUAACUGUUUGAGGGAAAAUAAAUCUGCACAGAGCAACAAA